AUGCUGGCAGAAUGUCUUCAAAGUGGCGUCCCUCAGAAUGAUGCUGAUUUUUCUUUUGCUGUUGAUGGGGUUAAUGAGGAUAAUAAUUUAGGUGAAUCUGUUUAUGGUUACAUGAUUUUGAAAAGAGUUUACCCUAAUGUUGCUACUUCCAGGAUUAUGAUUGAUGUUCUUUGUAAACAAGGGUUAUUACAAAGGAAUGUUGCUGAUUUGGAUCAGAUUGUUGGAAAGCGAAAUUCACAUUCGCCUUCGGUUAUUGUUAAUUUGAGUUUGAUUUUGAGAAUGUCAGAAAAGGUGGCAAAAGAAGGGAAGUUAUUUAAGUUAGUUACAUUGUUGAAGAGAUUGUUGCAGAAGAAUUUGAUUGGUGAUUCGGUUGCUUAUUCAUUGAUUGUUCAAGUUAAAGUUAGGUUAGGGGAUUUGGAUUUUGCUUUGGAGAUGUAUAAUGAGAUGGUGAGAAGAGGUUUUCGUGAGAAUUCCUUUGUUUACACCUCGUUUAUACGAGCGUUUUGUGAGAAGGGACGGAUUGAAGAAGCGAUUGGAUUGAUGAGGGAAAUGGAAGGGAAAGGGGUACGGGGUUAUGGUGAGACUUAUGAAUGUGUUAUAGUUGGAUGCGCGGAUUCGCGACGGUUGGAAGAGUGUUGGAGUGUUUUUGAAGAAAUGCUGAGUGCUGGGUUUGUUCUUGGUUGUUUGUUGUUUGAUAAAGUAGCGGAGAAGCUUUGUGAAAUAGGAAAGUUGAGAAGGUGA